UGGCAUCUCCAUCUCCCCUCUCCCCCAACUCCUUCUCCACCUCCGGCCGCCGCCGCGGCCAGGCCGGCGUGGCGGCGAGCCAUCCAUUCACCAGCACCACCAUCGCCUCCUGCCACCACUCCACCACGCACCACCAGCACCACCAUCCAUCAUCCACACGCCUCCACCAGCGUCGCCACCAGCGCCCACCUCGCGCACCCCUCCUUCUUCCUCUCGACCUCCUGCUGCUGCCUUCUCUUCUUCCACGCAACGUGCUGCUACUCCUUCUUCCUAUGCGCCCCUGCCGCUCUUCUUGUUGAAGCCCUUUCCCCUCACCACGCUGCUGUUCCUUCUUCUUCCCCUUGCUGCUACUAUUUCUCUUCUUCCCUCACCUCUAGCUGCUGCUCCUAGUUCUUCUCUGAACCCAAACUGCUGUUGCUUCUCUCCUCUCUUACUUCUUGCAAAUUUCUGAAAACUGCUAGGUGAACCUUGUGUACUGUUCUGAACAAUUAAUUUGUGCCUUGAGAUGCUUAUGUAAUAUUCAGAUUUGAAGUGUACUUGCAACCUGCUGUUUGCUCUGUUUAAGUACUUGUACAAUAUAGUGUAUGUGUUCUGAGAUCUGACUAGUUGAUGCUUUGUUACUUUGAGAGAUACUUGAUCUAAUAUAUUUUGGUUCUUUCAAUUAGUAUUCUGCUAGUAUAUGUGUGUGUGUGUGUGUGUAAUUCAUCAAAAAUAUUGUUGUGUGCUGAUGAUUAGUGUCCAGUUUACUGUUCUUGUGAUAUAUACACAUAUGUAUGUGUUAUGUUCAUGUCCUUUUUACUUCUCUUGUCAUUGAUGUUAGCUUGUGUUAGUAUCUUAAUUUCUCAAGAAUUACAAAAGUACCAAAAAGAAAGUUAGUAAAAUCUAUAUCUACCUUUGCUUAUCCGCAUUUUCAUUGGCGACAAUCUUGAUAGUUUAGGUUUUAUUUCUGCAUUCAUAAGCUGAACUGUGUCACCUAGCUUUAGCCGAGCGUUGUUGCCGUCACCUAGUCCCUGUGGAGAACACGACAUCCGUAGUUUGGGAAAAUUGUUCCACUACAUCUACAAAUGAUCAUUUUGGCACCGUUGCCGGGGACUAGCAUCGAGCGAUUGUGUGAAGCUAUAGACUAGGCUUAGUAUAGUUUUUGUUUAAAUUUCCAGUCAAAUUUAUUUCUGUGUUUAUUUUACCUUUUUAUUUUUUGUUGCUUCGUCUUAUUAGGGUACUAACCCUCUCACCAGUCUUUGAUGUUUGUGAGCGUGUGUAGGAUAUCUUACUAUUUGUAGGCUCAUUGACAGUUGCACUUGAACAUAUGGCUUUAGUACGUGAUCUUUGGUUGCCAAGUAGUUUGGACACGAUGACAGGGCCAAUUUGGCCAUCUAUUGAGGCCGAAAAUUUUGAGUUGAGGCCUGGACUUAUUGCUGUUGUCUUGCAGAAUCAGUUUAGAGGAUUACCCAAUGAAGACCCUCAUGAGCACAUUAGUAAUGUUCUGGAGUAUGCCAAUACAGUCCAGUACCAUGGCGUUUCCGAAGAUGCUAUCAAGUGUAUGUUGUUCACAUUCUCUCUCAGAGAUGCUGCUAAGGACUGGAACUAUUCUUUGCCAUCAAGAUCAUACACUUGGGAUGAUAUUUCGCAAGCUUUCCUGCAUAGAUAUUUUCCACUUUACAAGCAAGCUGCAAUUCGUGACCAGAUCCUCAGUUUUGUGCAAGAUGGAAGUGAGAGCUUGUAUGAAGCUUGGGAGAGAUAUCAUUAUUUGCUUAGAAAAUGUCCUAAUCACGGGCAAAAGGAUUGGUUAGUGCUUCAGAUAUUCUAUAGAGGGCUGACACAUGCUUCAAGAGAUCUUAUUGAUAUGUCAGCUUGUGGAACAAUCAUGAACAAUACCGUUGAGGGUGCAAUUAUUCUCAUUGAGAGCAUUGCCUUCCACCAAAUGCAAUGGGGUUAUGAAAGGCCUAGUUCAAAUCCAAAGGUUGCAAGCUGUGUGCAAUCAGAAGCUGUGUGUUCCAUAAGUGAACAGAAAUCAUCCAUGGUACCUAAUAUUCAAAACCAGCAUGUUUCAUUCCAGGGACAACAACAUUUCAGAACUGAAUUAGAGCCUCCAUAUAGAAACAUUGAUCUUACUUCAAUUAUCCUUGAUGAUGAUUAUGAUAUUUUCCAAGAUGAUGCAACCACUGUAGAUCAGAUGGAUACCAUAGUAGCAGAUCCAAUACCUCAUGGAAAUGAAACUGUUCAGAAUGAGUCAAAGUUGCAAGAAGAGGUUUAUGAGGAACCUACUCUGUUUGACGCUAAGUUGAGACCGCAAGAUAUGGAGAAAUUCACUUGUGUUAGUCAGCUAUCUCACUGGUGGAAUUUAGUCAUGUCACCAAUUGCCCACACUUGUGUUACAACUGUAUCUGGACUAUUUGUCAAGAAGAAAUCAUUACCUCCACCAGUGGUUACCUCUAUCACAGUUAAAGAGAGUAUCUCAGAGAGGAAUAGUGAAGAUGAGAUUCCAACUCCUGCACAUACAAUUAAGCAAGUCGGAGACAUUCCAAGGAGAGAGAUACAAGAGGUUGAGUCAAAUUUAGAAGAGCUGAUACUUCAAUAUCCUGAGAAGAUCCCAUGUGUUGCUGAGCUGCAUGACAGGUGGAAGUCAUCGGUGUCACUGUUGAAACUUAGCAAUGAUGGUGAUGAGGAGAACAUUGCUCAGAAAGACAGUGAGGUAGUGAUCUCAGCACCCCUAGCAGAUCAUGUUAGUGAAUAUUCACAGAUGGGGACACUACAGACUCAAUUAAGUGUUGCUGGUAGUAGCACCAUAUAAGAUCCAGAGGAAGAGAGACCUCAGAUUGAAGAUGUACUCGAAGCCAAGGCACAAGAUGAUCUACUACUCUUGAAGAAGCAAAAGAAGCUGUUGUAGAUGAACUUGAAGAACCAAAAAUUCAUUUGCCUAUUGUCACACAAGAGCGUGAUGUAGCAGGUUUAUCUAAUCCUCUUAAUGACAUGUCUUCAUAUGAUUUGUUUGCUACUACCUUGCAUUGCAUGAUGCCAUCACUUAAGGUAGAUUUGAAAAACUAUUUGCUUGGACAUGAUCAUACACACCCUGUUAGUGGCAUUGCUCAUAUCUCUGUUCAUGCUACUUAUGUUCCUAAUGCUAUACCCAUGCUUAAUGAAACGUGUGAUUCUAAUACUAGCAUUGAGCUUACUGAUUUGUACCAUCCUAAACAUGUGCUUUAUAGCUAUGCUUAUGUAAUUGGAUAUUCGAUUGAUGACUUGGAGGGUAUUAUCCCUACCACUUGCAUUGUCUCUUUCGUUGCGUGCUCUUUCAGGAUCUUGCUUGUGCAUGAAUGACUACAUGCUGACCAAGUUCGAGAUGACAUUCCCUGGGACCCCGAUGGACCCAUGGCAUGGGGAUGAGGAGAAGCAAGGAGCACACAUGAAGAGAGAAGCUAGAGCAGACAUGAGGAUAGGGAAGCAAAAGGAGAGGAGUCAGAAUGCACGAGGAAGCAAAGGAGAAGAGUUGCAGUUUAGAGAGUGUCGAGCGAGUGCUACUUCCUAUAAAAACCCGAAAUGUGCGCAAAGGCACUAAUAAUCGUCAAGAUUCCGUCUAUGUGGCUAUCGACAAGAGUGAAGAAGAGAAGAGAAGGAAGAAGAGACUUGUGUGAGAUGAAGAGAAGUAAUUAGGGGGCUAGAUAAAGAAGUGGGAGGACCUUCUUGUUAAGAAAGAAGAGAAGAAAGAGGGACAAAUCACAAAGUGCAGAUGAGAGGAGGGGAACAAAAUCCCUACGCGCCUGGAGGGAUCCGAUGAGGCCUGGCAUAUCCAUCUCCCCUCUCACCCAACUCCUUCUCCACCUCCGGCUGCUGCUGCGGCCAGGCCGGUGUGGCGGCGCACCAUCCAUUCACCAGCACCACCAUCGCCUCCUGCCACCACUCCACCACGCACCACCAGCACCACCAUCCAUCGUCCACACGCCUCCACCAGCACCGCCACCAGCGCCCACCUCGCGCACCCCUCCUUCUUCCUCUCGACCUCCUGCUGCUGCCUUCUCUUCUUCCAUGCAACCUGCUUCUGCUCCUUCUUCCUAUGCGCCCCUGCUACUCUUCUUGCUGAAGCCCUUUCCCCUCACCACGCUGUUGUUCCUUCUUGUUCCCCUUGCUGCUACUAUUUCUCUUCUUCCCUCGCAUCUAGCUGCUGCUCCUAGUUCUUCUCUGAACCUAAACUGCUGCUGCUUCUCUCCUCUCUUACUUCUUGCAAAUUUCUGAAAACUGCUAGGUGAACCUUGUGUACUGUUCUGAACAAUUAAUUUGUGCCUUGAGAUGCUUAUGUAAUAUUCAGAUUUGAAGUGUACUUGCAACCUGCUGUUUGCUCUGUUUAAGUACUUGUACAAUAUAGUGUAUGUGUUCUGAGAUCUGACUAGUUGAGGCUUUGUUACUUUGAGAGAUACUUGAUCUAUUAUAUUUUGGUUCUGUGAAUUAGUAUUCUGCUAUUAUAUGUGUGUGUGUGUGUGUAAUUCAUCAUAAAUAUUGUUGUGUGCUGAUGAU